AUGAAGGGACUUAAAGGCCUCAUAAAAUCCAAGCCAGAGAGUACGGGCAACAACCAAACAGAAUAUCCACCCGGCUCUGAAGGGUGGAAAUUAGCCCAGAAAGAACGCUCCGACCAGUAUUUCAACCAUACAACAAGCAAGAAGUGGGACACAAUUUACAAAUGGGGGCAAUCUAUCAUCGAAGUCAACAUCCAACUAGCAGAGACUGUUCGACGUGAGCAAUCUGUCAAAGAGGAAAUUCGUCGACUUAUGAUGAGUUUUGAACCCGAAGACAAGAAACAAGUACAGACAUUAAAUGACAACUUGGCCGACUUGAAUCGGAAGUACGGUUAUCUCAGCACAGAGCACCCGCUUGGCAUCUAA